GCAACUGCAACUUCUUUUGCUUGUUUUUGUUCUGUCCCAGUUCCUGGGUUGAACCCAAAUGUUAAUCGCUCUGUUCUUAUGGUUUUAUCUCAAAGACUACUCCUUUUACGAAAAUCUCACUCUUUUCCAAGUGCCCUUGUUACCAAAUCACAUAAUUCUUUCCCCAAGUCGGUUAAAUAUCUUGAAUCGGUUCUGGUCUCUAACGCACACCAAGCGUUCGACGAAAUUACUGACUUAAAUGUCGUUUCUGCUACAGCGGUGAUUGGUCGUUUUGUGAAGCAAAACAGACAUGUAGAAGCAAGUCAUGCCUUCAAAAGACUGUUAUGUUUGGGCAUAAGACCAAACGAGUUCACGUUUGGGACAAUCAUUGGUUCUUCUACAUUUUUGAAAGAUGUCAAAUUGGGUAAGCAGCUACAUGGUUAUGCAUUAAAAGUGGGACUUUCUUCGAAUGUGUUUGUGGGUAGUGCUGUUUUGAACUGUUAUGUGAAGCUGAGUACUUUGGUAGAUGCUCGUAGGUGUUUUGAUGAUACUAGAGAACCAAACGUAGUUUCUAUGACCAAUUUGAUUAGCGGGUAUCUUAAGAAACAUGAAUUUGAGGAAGCUCUUUCGUUGUUUCGAACAAUGCCAGAGAAAAGUGUUGUUACUUGGAACGCAGUUAUUGGCGGGUUUAGUCAGACGGGGAAGAACGAAGAAGCUGUGAAUACGUUUGUUGAUAUGUUAAGGGAAGGUGUGGUGAUGCCUAAUGAAUCAACCUUCCCUUGUACUGUAACAGCGGUAUCUAACAUGGCUGCUCAUGGUGCGGGGAAAAGUAUACACGCCUGCGUAAUCAAGUUCUUGGGUCAGCAAUGUAGUAAUGUUUUUAUUGGGAACUCUCUGAUAAGUUUUUACUCAAAAUGUGGAAACAUGGAAGAUAGUCUUCUUGCUUUCAACAAGCUCGAAGAACAACAUCGGAACAUUGUAUCGUGGAACUCUAUAAUAUGGGGUUAUGCGCAUAACGGAAGAGGAGAAGAAGCUAUAGCCAUGUUUGAGAAAAUGGUCAGCGACACAAACAUGAAACCAAACAAUGUGACACUUCUUGGACUAUUAUUUGCAUGUAACCACUCGGGUCUAAUUCAAGAAGGGUACAUGUAUUUUAACAAAGCUGUGAAUGAUUACGACGAGCCAAACGUGCUACAACCAGAGCACUAUGCUUGUAUGGUGGAUAUGCUCUCUAGGUCAGGUCGUUUCAAAGAAGCAGAGGAGCUUAUCAAAAGCAUGCCUCUUGACCCGGGGAUCGGGUUUUGGAAAGCGUUACUUGGGGGAUGUCAGAUUCACUCAAACAAGCGUCUGGCUAAAUUAGUAGCGUCUAAGAUCUUGGAGAUGGAUCCAAGAGAUGUUUCAUCAUAUGUAAUGCUUUCAAAUGCUUACUCUGCAGCUGAAAAGUGGGGGAAUGUGUCAGAUAUAAGGAGGAAGAUGAAGGAAAUGGGUUUAAAGCGUAUCACAGGGUGUAGUUGGAUUGAAGUUAGAGACCAAGUUCGUGUCUUUGUGAAUGCUGACAAGAAUAGCGAACUCAAGGGUGAAGUCUAUAGGAUGUUGAGACUUAUUACACAAUGUAUUAGAGGAAGAUGAAUGUGGUUAAAACUUGCGAAUGCAACUCUUAACAUAUUUAACAAUCUCCUUAAGGGCUUAUAUGCUGAUCUCGUAAUAAACAUAUCA